UAAAGAUGGUUCCUUUCUUACCCAUAUUUUCUCUACUCUUGCUGGUUGUUGUUAACCCUGCAAAUGCCAGCGGUCAUUAUGACAAGAUUUUGGCUCAUAGCCGUAUCAGGGGCCGAGAUCAGGGCCCAAAUGUGUGUGCCCUUCAACAGAUUUUAGGCACCAAAAAGAAAUACUUGAGUACUUGUAGGAACUGGUAUCAAGGUGCCAUCUGUGGAAAGAAAACGACUGUGUUAUAUGAAUGUUGCCCUGGUUAUAUGAGAAUGGAAGGAAUGAAAGGCUGCCCAGCAGUUAUGCCUAUUGACCAUGUUUAUGGUACUCUGGGCAUUGUGGGAGCCACCACAACACAGCACUAUUCCGAUGUCUCAAAACUGAGGGAAGAGAUAGAAGGAAAGGGAUCAUUCACUUACUUCGCACCAAGUAAUGAAGCUUGGGACAACUUGGAUUCUGAUAUUCGUAGAGGCUUGGAGAGCAAUGUAAAUGUUGAAUUAUUGAAUGCUUUACAUAGCCAUAUGGUUAAUAAGAGAAUGUUAACCAAAGACUUAAAAAAUGGCAUGAUUGUUCCUUCAAUGUACAACAAUUUGGGGCUUUUCAUUAACCAUUAUCCUAAUGGGGUUGUCACUGUUAACUGUGCUCGAAUCAUUCAUGGGAACCAGAUUGCAACAAAUGGUGUUGUACACGUCAUUGACCGUGUCCUUACACAAAUUGGUACCUCAAUCCAAGACUUCAUUGAAGCAGAAGAUGAUCUCUCAUCUUUCAGGGCAGCUGCCAUCACUUCUGAUAUAUUGGAAGCCCUUGGAAGAGAUGGUCACUUCACACUCUUUGCUCCCACCAAUGAGGCUUUUGAGAAACUUCCACGGGGUGUCCUAGAAAGGAUCAUGGGAGACAAAGUAGCUUCUGAAGCUCUCAUGAAGUAUCACAUUUUAAACACUCUGCAGUGUUCUGAAGCUAUUAUGGGAGGAGCAGUCUUUGAGACUCUGGAGGGAAACACAGUUGAGAUAGGAUGUGAUGGUGAUAGCAUAACAGUAAAUGGAAUCAAAAUGGUGAACAAAAAAGAUAUUGUUACAAACAAUGGUGUUAUCCAUUUGAUUGAUCAAGUCCUGAUUCCUGAUUCUGCCAAACAAGUUAUUGAGCUGGCUGGAAAUCAGCAAACCACUUUCACAGACCUCAUGGCCCAGUUAGGUUUGGCAUCUUCUCUGAGACCAGAUGGAGAAUAUACUUUGCUGGCACCUGUGAAUAAUGCAUUUUCUGAUGAUACUCUGAGCAUGGAUCAGCGCCUUCUUAAAUUAAUUCUGCAGAAUCACAUACUGAAAGUAAAAGUUGGCCUUAACGAGCUUUACAAUGGACAAAAACUCGAAACCAUUGGAGGCAAACAGCUCAGAGUCUUCGUGUAUCGUACAGCUGUCUGCAUUGAAAAUUCAUGCAUGGUGAGAGGAAGCAAGCAAGGAAGAAAUGGUGCAAUUCACAUAUUCCAAGAGAUCAUCAAGCCAGCAGAGAAAUCCCUUCAUGAAAAAUUAAAACAAGAUAAACGCUUCAGCAUCUUCCUCAGCCUUCUAGAAGCUGCAGAUUUGAAAGAGCUCCUGACACAACCUGGGGAUUGGACUUUAUUUGUUCCAACUAAUGAUGCCUUUAAAGGAAUGACUAAUGAAGAAAAGGAAAUUCUGAUUCGGGACAAAAAUGCUCUUCAAAACAUCAUCCUUUAUCACCUAACACCAGGAGUUUUCAUUGGAAAGGGAUUCGAACCUGGUGUUACUAACAUUCUGAAGACCACACAAGGAAGCAAAAUCUAUCUGAAAGGAGUAAAUGAUACACUUCUGGUGAAUGAAUUGAAAUCAAAAGAAUCUGACAUUAUGACAACAAAUGGUGUCAUUCAUGUUGUGGAUAAACUCCUCUAUCCAGCAGACACACCUAUUGGAAAUGAUCAGCUGCUGGACAUACUUAACAAACUGAUCAAAUACAUCCAAAUUAAGUUUGUUCGUGGUAGUACCUUCAAAGAAAUCCCCAUGACUGUCUACACAACUAAAAUUAUAACCAAAGUUGUGGAACCAAAAAUUAAAGUCAUUGAAGGCAGUCUUCAGCCUAUUAUCAAAACUGAAGGACCCACAAUAACAAAGGUGAAAAUUGAAGGUGAACCUAAAUUCAGACUUACUACAGAAGGUGAAACAGUAACUGAAGUGAUCCAUGGAGAGCCAAUUAUUAAGAAAUACACCAAAAUCAUUGAUGGAGUGCCUGUAGAAAUAACUGAAAAAGAGACAAGGGAAGAACGAAUCAUUACAGGUCCUGAAAUAAAAUACACUAGGAUUACUACUGGUGGUGGAGAAACAGAAGAAACUCUAAAGAAAUUAUUGCAAGAAGAGGUCACCAAGGUUACCAAAUUCAUUGAAGGUGGUGAUGGUCAUUUAUUUGAAGAUGAAGAAAUUAAAAGACUGCUUCAGGGAGACAUACCUGUGAGGAAGAUACAAGCCAACAAAAGAGUUCAAGGAUCUAGGAGACGAUCAAGAGAAGGUCAUUCUCAGUGAAAAUCCAGACCAGACUACAAAGUUUAUAAAGCCCUAAAUCAGUAACCUGAUCUUAAAAGAAAAUUAUGG